AGUGGAUUGUGAACCUUGUUGCUAUGCAACAUCAGAAGUCGAAUAGAACGCGCUUAGCAAACAAUUAGCAAACAAACUAUUGCCUAGCAGGAGCAAAAUAAAAUCGAAAGGUUUUGUGGGCGCGAUAUUUACAUAUAGCACAUAUCAAAGGUUUUCAACCUGCUUAGUUAAAAAUAACCGUUUAAAAAAUGUCAGAAGGUUCUGCGUCUGUUGUGGAGUUUGGCCGGCAAAAAGGGUCAAUUAGGAAAGUUGUCUCGGCGGAGGUGAAAAAUAAACCGAAUCCACCUGUAGACCUGCAAGACGUGACCGUGUUGCCCGCAUCGGAAUGGAGGCGAAUCCAGGAUAGUGUGAAUCGUGUGAACACACAGCAUGAGCGUGUCAUUGCAGCUGCGAGACAACGCGAGGCCAUGCACCUGCACUCCAAAGAAUUUGUCAAAACCUGGUCUAACACCCUUGCUGGACAACGGAAAAAGAGGUUGGAGGCGAAGAAAAUUAGAGAGGAAAUUGAAGAGGAGAAGAAGAAGCAGCUUGACCUAGAGGAAGCAAAGUUUCAAGAGCAGAAAAGAAAGGAAGCAAUAGAGAGGGCAAAAACCCUGCAGUACUACCAGCUGGACAGAGUGAAAGGAUUUCAUAGUGCCCUGCUUAUGACAGAGGUCCUGAAGGAGCGAGAAGCCCAGAUUGAGCUAAAGAAAAGAAAAGAGAAAGCCUCCAAAGAUGUAGAAAAAGAGAUCCUGGCCAUGAUCACACGCAAAGAGGAGCUGGCUUUACAGCAGGAAUGGCUGAAAGCCUUGGAGAAGAAGCAAAAUUAUUUGGCGGUCGCUGAGAGUUUGAAACAACAGAUUAAGGAGCAUGAGCAGGCAAGAGAGGAGGAAAUAAUGGAGCAGAAGAAAGAGGCAGAGGAACUCAAGCAAUUCCAAGAGCUCUAUAUUAAGGAAGAAACCACACGCAAACAGAAGAAGCAAGAGGAGAAGAGAAACACCAUGAAGUCUUAUCAUGAACACCUUGCCAACAAGAAAAUCAUCCAAGCGACUGAGGCUGAAAAACAGGAGUUGGAAGAAGAGAGACGAAAGCUUUUUUUGAAGGCUAAAGGCAAAAUGAUGAAACUCAAGAAAGAAAAAGAGGCAGAGAUGUUAAGAGAGGUUCAGAGACACAAGGAAGUUUUUGCUGAGAAACUGGCAGCACUGGAAGCAUAUCACCAAGAUCAAUACAGCAAGGACGACAAGCUGAUGUCCAGGGCAGCUGCAGAAGCUGAGGCCAAGCAGGAUAAACAACAGCGUGAGAAGGAACAGAAGAAAGCAGCGAUGUUGAAGAGUAUUGCUGAACACAGAGAAGCAGUGGAAAAAAAGCUGGAGUAUAAGAAGCAAGAGGAGAAACAGAAAGGUAUUGAGAUGCUUAAUGCAAUGAAGGCAUCAGAUAUCGCUUUCCUUCAAAAGCAGCUAAUCAAGGCCCAGAAAAUGAAAGAGGCAGCCAAAAUGCUACAAGACACUCAUGUCCAUCAUAUGACUGAGAAACACGUACAGGAGCAAUGCGUGAAAAACCAGGAGCAGGAAUUUGCGGCAAGGAAUGCAGAGCUUAUUGCAGAGGAUGAGAAUCAGUUUCAGAAUUAUGCCAAGCAUGUGAUUCAAAAAGCCAGUGAGGCUCAGAGGAACACCUUCCUUCUGCGCAAGGCCUCAAAGGAAGGCAUCGGUGGAGGACUUGGUCCUGUGUUUCGUGGCGUUAGACCAAGUUAUCUAGUUCAGGAUCUAUCAGGGGCACAGCUGCCCAGUUAUGCAUGUAGUAGUACUCAGGGCAUAAAGGAGCUAAAUGAGAAAACUGACAUUCACGAUUCUAAAAAACGACUGGGAUUUACUUUGUAAUUGUAACCAGUUUUGCUGAUGUCACAAAAAAUAAACAGAACUUUCCUUUCAAAUGAA